CCACACACACAAUUUUCUUCAUUAUCAUCCAUAAAGAAAAAAAUGGCGUUUUCAUCUUCCUCCUGCUUCUUCACUUCCCCCAAUUUCCCCCUCAAUCAAACCUCCACCAGAUUUCAUACGCCUCGGAUUUCAGCCACCGCCACAUCUACACUCAGAUCUUCAAGCAUUUCCACUUCUUCAUCGUUAUACGAAGUGCUCGGGAUUCAAAUCGGAGCCGAUACGGUUGAGGUCAAGGCGGCGUACCGGAAAUUAGCGAGGGUUUUGCAUCCGGAUGUCCGAAACCAUGAUUCGUCACCGGAUGAGUUCAUGAAGGUGCAUUCGGCCUAUGCCACGUUGUCGGAUCCAGGAAAACGAGCCGAUUAUGAUCGUAGUCUGUUUGGGAGACACAAAAUGAGUUCGUCGUCGGUGGGAGUUACCGGAUACAGUGGCCGGAGAUGGGAAACCGACCAGUGUUGGUAGUUCAGGUGGAGAUUGUAUCUCUGUGUACAUACGUAGCUAAAAUAUUAGGUCUACAACAACCAAUGAUUUGCAAAUUAAUUGGCUAUAUUUUAAUGCCAUUGUAUUCCACUAUAUCGUAAAUUGGUAAUUCUUGAAUAUCUUUAUUAAGUAUUGUAUUUUCAUGUAAUUUUACAUCAAAUUAAC